AUGUCCAAAGUACGUCAGCCCCUGGAGUUAAGUCCAAAUUCAAUCCUCGAUUGGAAGAAAUACGACGAUUGGAACAAACUGCCUGAGCACCCUCGUCAAAAUCUUUAUUUAAACCGGCACGACUUCGACCGGCUGGCAGCGCUCGAGCCUCACUUUGAACAAUUGAGCCCAGAACAACGCUCUAACUAUCUAAGAAAUGCUACCCACGAAUUAAGGACAGCUCGCACAGGCAGAAGGAGAUUCACUCAUCGCAAGCCAUCCACGGCACAGCCUAGCAUGGCACUAGGUGAUGAUGGUGGACCGGGCAUAUCCAGUCACGAUAAGAUUGAAGCUGGGGACAUCCUUUCAAUCGCACCCCUUGCUGUUAAUAACCAAGCUUUGCAUCCGGCCUCGACGGAUUGCGCCAUAUGCAAGUACGACGCUGAGAUACCCAAUCUCUUCAUGCUGUCCAAUGCGGAUGGAAGCAGCAUUGUCGACGGCUCAGAGGAUGAUUCGAUCCGGCCAGUCUACAAUAUCACACCCUCUCGGCACAAAUCGCACUCUUCGUAUCUCACUCCACCGAUGAGAUAUGACACACAGUGCCCACCUUCUCCGAAAGCACAACGACCAGUUACAGAUUUGUUGGAUAUUUCAUCCUUCAAUAUUGGGUCUAAUGCUGGAGAUGAAGUCUACUUCACCACCCUGACAGAUCCACUCUACGAGAACAAGCCUUCGAGAUCGGUAGUACCUCGCACUAGCGGCCCUAGUCAUUUCCCACCCUCCUAUCAACCGUCUCAGAAUAGACCACUACCGCAGUAUCGACCGCUUUCUUCCAACUUACUGCCUGGAUAUAGACCAGUUUUCUAUAACCCAAUCACUGAGUUUCCACAGGCACGGUAUGAGCUGCCUCAGCCGCCUCAGGCUCCACGGCUUCGGCCUAAACAGCUUCAGUAUGAACCAAUACAAUGA